AUGAACAUCGCAGAUCCAUUAUCACGACUGUGCAUAAUCUCAGAUUGCGAAAAGACCAAUGACGACGAACAUGUCAACCAGAUUGUAGAAAAUGCUAAACCAUGCGCAAUUUCUUUGACCGAAAUUAAAAUGCAUUCAGAGCAAGAUUCGGAAAUACUAGAAUUACCAAUUCCGCCAGCUCCUAUGAAACGUCGGGAACUCCUAGAUGCACCUUGGGUGGAUAUAGCAAUGGAUUUACUAGGGCCAUUACCCAGCAAUGAUUAUUUAUUAGUCGUAGUAGAUUAUUAUAGCCGUCACAAGGAAGUGAAGAUAACGAAGACCAUUACUAGUUGUAAUAAUCAAGCUAUUGAAAGAAAUAUUUGGCAGCCUAGUGCCUACUGGCCUCAACAAAAUGGCGAAGUAGAGAGACAAAACAAAAGUAUUGAGAAAAAAGAUUUACAAGAUAGCUUGAAUGACUUCCUCAAGAUGUAUAAUUCAACACCUCACUCUGUAACAGGGAAAACACCAACAAAAUUGUUUUACAAAAGACAGAACUUAGAGGCAAAAAUAAAGAACAAAAAGAGAGUAGAAGGCGAGUGGAUAUCAAUGCAAGAUAAUUAA